AUGAUGGCAAACAUUGCUAAAGACGGAAAGGCUCAUUCACUGAAGAAAGAGGGAAAUGUGUCUUCUCUAAGUAGUCAUGAGUUCCAGCGGAAGGAACAUCAUGGGCGCCUUAAAGACUGCGUGAGUUCUGUGUCGUACGUGGAUGAACCUAGCCAGCAUGACGCUGCCUCUCACCUCACCGUUCAGAUGGAAAACACCUAUCAGCUGGGUCCUACCAAACAUUUUCCUGUGGCUAUUGUCAAUCAAAUUCUGAAAGAUGUGUUAACUAACUACCUAGAAGAACAACAAUAUGACCCAGAGCUCUGUAGACAGAUGGCUAAGACAAUUUCUGAGGUUAUUAAAGCCCAGGUCAAGGAUUUGGAGAUCCCACGGUACAAGCUGAUUGUGGUUGUUCACAUUGGACCUCGGCGUGGCCAGAGCAUCCUGAUUGGAAGUAGAUGCCUCUGGAAUCCCGAAAGUGAUACCUUUGCAUCUUAUGUUUUCAGGAACUCUUCACUCUUUGCUCUUGCGAAUGUCUAUGCUGUUUACUUUGAGUGA